AUGAUCUACAAACCACCCAGCACUGGAAUAAUCUCACAGCUUCCAUCAUCGUGGAUCCCUUAUGCUGAACUCAUCCGCCUUGACAAGCCGGCAGGCACAUAUUAUCUUUUCUUCCCAUGUCUUUUCUCGACCCUUCUUGCGGCUCCGAUGGCCUCACCAAUGUCUUCACCAUUGGAAAUUAUAUCAACAACUGCUCUCUUCUUCACGGGUGCCCUUAUCAUGCGAGGUGCAGGUUGCACCAUAAAUGAUCUUUGGGAUCGCAAUCUAGAUCCCCACGUGGAGCGGACACGACUACGACCGAUUGCUCGAAAAGCCAUUUCCGUCGACAAUGCCAUUGUCUAUCUUGGUGCACAACUGCUCACCGGCCUCACGCUACUUCUACAAUUCCCGCUCCCGUGUCUGUACUAUGGUGUCCCCAGCCUUCUUCUCGUUACCACCUACCCUCUAGCCAAGAGGGUUACGCACUAUCCACAAUUCGUGCUCGGUCUGACUUUCUCCUGGGGAGCCAUCAUGGGUUUUCCUGCCCUGGGCAUUGAUCUUCUUUCCAAUACUGCAGCUUUAUCGGCUGCCGCUGCCUUGUACUCCAGCUGUGUUGCGUGGACGCUCGUCUAUGACAUGAUAUACGCGUACAUGGACAUCAAAGACGAUGCGAAGGCGGGGAUCAAAUCAAUCGCCCAAGCACACGAGCAUAAUGCCAAGACGGCUCUCUCUGUCUUUUCUGCAGCUCAAGUCGGGUUGCUGAUCACCGCAGGAUAUUUUGCUGGCGCGGGACCUGUCUUUUUCGUGGGAAGUUGUGGUGGCGCAGCCCUGACACUUGCGACAAUGAUUCGACGGGUUAAUCUGAAGGAUGUCAAGGACUGCUGGUGGUGGUUUGUGAAUGGAGCACUCAUCACGGGUGGUGUCAUCUCCUUUGGGCUAUUGGGUGAUUAUGCCGUUCGAAGGAGCGGUGAAGAGCACAAACAUGCUGUUGAGACCACCCAUUCGUAA